AUGUCUAGUGUCCGUAUUCUCACCCGAGGUGUUGACCUCGCCGCUACGAGGGCGGCUGCCCUUAACCUUCCCCGCGCUUCUAUCGGCUCCACCGUACUGCGGAGGGAGCUCUCCUCCGCGGCUACCGUGCGACCAACCGUUUCUCGGCCAUUGAGAGCCAAUGCUCCAGUGGCAGCUUCUCGCACUGUCAAACAGACUGUGCGGUAUGCAUCUGGCUCCAGUGGGCCUCUCAGCAAAACCCAGCUCUAUGACCUACACGUAGAGAAUGGCGCCAAGAUGGUGCCUUUUGCCGGGUUCGAUAUGCCCUUGCAGUACGCCGACCUGAGCCAUGUGGAAAGCCACAUGUGGACGCGCGAGAAGGCUAGUCUCUUUGAUGUGAGCCAUAUGGUCCAGCAUCACCUCAGUGGGCCCGGUGCCCUUGAACUACUGAAGAAGGUGACUCCUUCAUCGCUAGAUAAGCUAGCCCCGAACACAUCAACCCUGUCCUGUCUAUUGGAAGAAGGUACCGGCGGCAUGGUCGAUGAUUGUGUCAUCACGCGCCGCGGCGAAGACAGCUUCUACUUUGUCACGAAUGCCGGCCGUCGCACAGAGGACUUGGCUUUCCUGACCGCCGAAAUCGAUGCCUACCGCUCCAAAAAUGGCGCCGACAGCAUCAAGUGGGAUAUCCUUGAAGAUCGCGCGCUGGUCGCCCUGCAAGGACCCCUUGCCGCCUCCGUCCUCCAACCCCUCAUUCACACCGCGAACACCCCCUCCUCAGAAACAGACCUGAGCACUCUCUACUUCGGCAACUGUCGCGAGCUGUACCUCACUCUCCCAGAUGGCAGCGCAACUGCACACCCACUUCUCAUCUCUCGCACAGGUUACACCGGCGAGGAUGGCUUCGAAAUCUCCAUCCCGACUUCUGGCGCCCCAUCCCUCCCCCGCCAGGUCACCGAGCUGCUCCUCGCCGACAGCAGCAAGUCCCGUCUCGCCGGUCUAGCAGCCCGUGACUCCCUCCGUCUCGAGGCAGGAAUGUGCCUCUACGGCCACGACAUCUCCACAGCACAGACCCCUCCCGCCGCAGCCCUCGGCUGGGUCGUCGGUCGUGAUCGCCGCGAUGCUGCCACUGCGACUUUCAACGGUGCUUCCACCAUUCUUUCCCAACUCGCAAGCCCCAAGACUGUUGCCCAGCGCCGCGUCGGUCUGUCCGUUGAGAAGGGUCCCCCAGCCCGUGAGGGUGCUCUCGUUGUCGAUAUCUCCGACCCCGCGAACCCCCUUGAGGUUGGUGUUGUCACUUCCGGCUUGCCUAGCCCCUCGCUGGGUGGUGCCAACAUUGCCAUGGCAUAUGUCAAGCAGGGACUUCACAAGAAGGGUACCGAGCUAGCUGUCAAGGUGCGCAACAAGGUGCGCAAGGCUACUGUUGUUGGCAUGCCUUGGAUCGAAAGCAAGUUCCACCGUCCUCAGUAG